GCCUGCCGGCGAAUGAGUGAGAGAGGUGUGUUGAUAUUGUAAACCGCAAACCGAUGACAGGUAUCGUCCUGCGCGUCGUAUGCUACCUCCGGUACUCCCCUUAAUGGCGUGUAUAUAAAAGCAAAUCGAAGAUGACACACGCGGCGGAGUGAGUGUACCGGGAUGAUGCUCCUCUCCAGUGUGUCCGUUCUCCUUCUGCUGUCGGUUGCUGGUGAAGCUGCGGCUGACCUUUCCGUGCCUGAGGCGUCGCUUCAUCCAAAGUUGGGGCUCCGUGACGUCGGAGGACCCGGUCCGUCGCUACCUGCUUCCCCCACCGCCUCCCGUUUGCAAGUCCAGCGCCAGAACGAGUAUGCCUCGCCGGGCAUCGCCUUGGCCCGGUCUGCCGAGGAACCCUCCGCGACCACGGAGGAAGGCAGCGAGUCCCACCACCACGGCGGGGGAUUUCAGAUGGUGCAGUGGGAAUGGAGCUAUGUGCAGACUCCUUACAUUAUCGCCAUUUGGAUCCUGGUGGCUAGUGUCGCAAAAAUCCUGUUCCACUUCUCCCAGCGUUUUACCACGGUUGUUCCGGAGAGCUGCAUGCUGAUUCUGCUGGGUUUGGUUCUGGGCGGGAUCGUCCUGCUGGCCAGUAAGAAGCAGCUGUACCAGUUGGAGCCUGGCCUCUUCUUCCUCUUCCUCCUGCCAACCAUCGUGGGUGACGCUGGUUAUUUCAUGCCUGCCCGGCUCUUCUUCGACAACCUCGGGGCCAUCCUCUUGUAUGCUGUGGUCGGAACCCUCUGGAAUGCCUUCUGUACCGGCUUCUGUCUCUAUGGGGCUAAAAUGGUUGGCGUCAUAGAUGAGAAGGUGCAGGCAGGUCUGAUGGAGUUCCUUCUGUUUGGAGCGUUGAUCUCGGCGGUGGACCCAGUGGCGGUGCUGGCAGUGUUUGAAGAGGUUCACGUCAACGAGACUCUAUUCAUCAUAGUCUUCGGAGAGUCACUGCUUAACGACGCUGUCACCGUGGUGCUGUACAAGGUGUAUAUGUCCUUCGUCGAGGUGGGCUCUGAGAACGUCCAGACAGCCGACUACUUCAAAGGAGUGGCUUCCUUCCUCAUCGUCAGUAUUGGGGGGACCUUGGUGGGGCUGAUCUUCGCUGCUCUUCUAGCCUUUAUCACACGUUUCACCAAGAAGGUCCGCAUCAUCGAGCCUCUGUUCGUCUUCCUCAUGGUCUACCUGGCCUACCUCACUGCUGAACUCUUCUCUCUGUCAGCCAUCUUGUCGAUGACGUUCUGUGGCAUCGGCUGUAACAAGUACGUGGAGGCCAACAUAUCCCAGAAGUCUCGCACCACCGUGAAGUACACGAUGAAGACCUUGGCAAGCAUCGCUGAGACCAUCAUCUUCAUCUUCCUGGGCAUCUCGGCGGUGGACAAGUCCAAGUGGGCCUGGGACACGGGACUCAUCUCCUGCACGCUCAUCUUCAUCUUCGUCUUCAGGGCCUUGGGUGUUGUCAUGCAGACCUGGGUGCUCAACUGGUUCCGCCUCGUCCCAUUGGACAAGAUCGACCAGGUGGUGAUGUCGUACGGUGGCCUUCGUGGGGCGGUGGCGUUUGCCUUGGUGGUGCUGCUGGAUGCUGACCAGGUCCCGGCUAAAGACUACUUUGUGGCCACUACGAUCAUAGUGGUGUUCUUCACUGUCAUGUUCCAGGGUUUAACCAUCAAGCCCCUGGUGAACUGGCUGAAAGUGCCUCGUGCCACAAACCGUAAGCCCACAAUCAACGAGGAAAUCCACGAACGGGCCUUCGACCACUGCUUGACCGCGGUAGAGGACAUCGCUGGACUCAACGGUUACCACCACUGGAGAGACAAGUGGGAGCAGUUUGACAAGAACUACCUGAGCAAGCUGUUGCUGCGCAAGUCUGUGUACCGGAAGAGUGAAUUGUGGGAGGCCUAUCAGAAGAUCAACAUCAGAGACGCCAUCAGCGUCAUAGAUCAGGGUGGCAACGUGCUGACAUCCGCCAGGUUCUCCCUGCCCUCCAUGGCCUCCAGGACAUCUUUCCCAGAGGUCACCAAUGUCACCAACUACCUAAGAGAGAAUGGCAGUGGAGUGUGUCUGGACCUCCAGGUGAUUGACAAUGUGUCUGGGGCCAAGGUGGAGGAGGAGUCAGAAACACAUCACUUCCUGGCUGGGAACUUGUACAAGCCCAGGAGACGGUAUCAGUCCCACUACAGCAGACACUUCAUGACACCAGGAGACCAUGAGCGUCAGGACAGAGAGAUCUUCCAGAGGAACAUGAGGAGUCGCAUGGAGACGUUCAAGACCACCCGACACAAACGCCACAGCCACAAGAAGGAUCGCAGCCAGAAAAAGCGGAGAGGAUCAGACGUGAAAGAACAGGACCUCAAUGACAAACCUCGACGAAAUGUUAGCUGGCAAGACAAAGAUCCUGUCGUAGUUCCGGUGGACUCUGAGGAGGAGAAAGGGGAACAUUCAGAACCAGAGAAGGAGGAGGAUGUUGGCAUCACCUUCGUAGCUCGCAAAGUUCCAGAGACGCCGAAGGAACGGCCCAAAUCUGUGCCGUCCGCUCUGGAGGUGUGUCAGAGCCCGUCGGCGGCCCCUCCGUCCCCCACCUGCGGUGAGAGGAACCUGCCGUGGAAGGGCGGCAUCGGCACCCUGCCAGUGUGUGUUUCCAUGGAGGCCACUAAGAUCAUCCCCAUAGACCUUCAGCAGGCCUGGAACCAGAGCAUCUCCUCCCUGGAGAGCCUGGCGUCGCCGUCCAUCCCCCCGGAGCCGCUACACCCCCGCGUCAGCGCCCUCUCCAGGCUCGGAGGGCCCCGACCCGUCUCCUACUCCGGCAGUGGAGUCAGUGGGCCCGGUUACCCCGGUGCCGGCGGAGGAGCAUCCCGGUCAAUAGUGGCCCAGGGCAUCGCCCGCUUUGAGUUCCCCCGCGGAGAGGAGAAGGAGGAGGAGGAGAGGGCUCUGUCCGACAAAGAGCAGGAGAUGCAGCCCCUCAUGUCGUCCUCCGUCAGACCCUCUGGGCCUUCACCUCCGCCCCCGCCCUCCCUGGGUCUAGGGAGGAGGAGGAAUCCGUGCGUGUACCUGAGGAGUCUGGUGACGUCGCCGCCGUCGGGCACGGAGCCGCCGGCGCGCAGCAGAGGGCCCACUCAGCUGUAGCGGCGCGGUGUCGUCCGCACCCGUGGGUAGAAGUUGUCCCAUAAACACAGAUCUAGGAUCAGUCAUGUCCCGCAUCCUAACCAGUAACACCAGGAAGAACCACUGACUGUAGAUCAGAUGUUAGAGACAAUCAGAACCGCCCUCGCUGCCUCAUACACUGCACCGCAACAACAACGACACACACACACACACACUCAAAAACAUGCUCCCAUGCACAAACCCAAACACACAAAACCAUAACACAUUC